AUGGCAACCGCGAGAGCAAUCCUAGAGCCAUCCCAACACCGCAGCAGGAUACUCCCUACUGUGCCCAACGACCUCCAGGCAUUCUCUAUUGAAUUCGCCUACUUUCCUGACUAUGCUGGAAACAAGUCUUAUCCCAAUGAGUUCUCCAAGAACCUUCUUGCCAACUUCAAGACUAUCACGGGCGUGCCGCCGACAGUGAGAGUCGGAGGUACCUCUCAAGAUCAUUCAUACUAUCAUCCCGACCAAGAGGAAAACAUACAGCUUAUCUAUGCGAACCCGAAUGACGACCAGCCAGAUACGAUCUACUAUGGCCCAACAUUCUUUGAGUCCUACCAUACUCUGGGCAAUGUCAAGUUCUUCCACGGACUAAACUUGAAUCAGAACCACUCUAUCCAGAUACUUCAAGAGGCUGCGGUCGAGGCAUGCACCUCGAUCGGUCCUCAAUUGGAGCUCUUCGAGUUGGGCAACGAGUGGAACUUUGCACCUGGAGAAUACCGCGCAGCUAAUUACUCAAUGCUGGACUAUGUGCAUGAAUGGAACCAGAAAUCUGCCGCUGUUAAGGCCGCUGCUCAAAAGGCUUGCCCUGGACCUUUCCCCGGGUUCCUCGCGCCUAGUUUUGUGCUGGGUAACAUCAUCGAGAGCCAGUGGUCUGCGGAAGAGGUCUUCAACCUUGGCUACGAUCCUCAGAGCUUGACCAGGGAGCUUUCGUUCCACAACCCCCCCCAUAAUCCUCCGGUGGAUUGGGAUCUCCAACGUAUGGUUUCUGAAUAUAAUAUGUCGAAGCAAAAACUGACCGCAACAGGCCGCCUGAUGAACCACACCAAUAUCCAAGAGAGUCUAGCAUCCCAGAUCCAGCGCGCCAAGAACCUCGCGUACCUCGGACAUCCUUAUGUUCUUGGAGAGCUCAACUCCAUCGCGAACCAGGGCAUCACUGGCGAAACAAACACAUUUGGAGAUGCCUUGUGGCUAGUUGAUUUUUCCUUCUGGGCUGGCGCUCAUAAUAUCAAGCGCCUCCAUUUCCACCAAGGCCUCGACUACCGCUACGCGUCAUGGCAACCGAUCCUCGGCAAGGGGCAACCCCCUACCACUCGUCCCCCGUACUACGGCCAGAUCAUGGUUGCCUCUGCUCUUGGCCACUCGCACAACGCUCGCGUUGUCAACAUUCCCUUGGAUGAGGAAACCGAGUCUGCUUACGCGAUCUAUGAUGGAGACAGACUGUCUAAGCUUGCCGUCAUGAACAUGCAGGCUUUCAACCAGACAACUACUGGUAUCCGCCCGAGCAAUGAGUACCAGUUCAAGGUCCCUGGCCACUACCGUCAGGCCAAGGUUGAGAGACUGAUUGCGCCAGGAAGCGAUGCUACAGAGGAAGUUACCUUUGCCGGUAUCUCGUAUGACCAUGACCUUGCAAUGGGUAAGCCCGUUGUGGUUGAUCCCAAGGAGAAGUUUGUGGUGAUUAAAGAUGGUGUUCUCCGUGUUGUUGUACCUGAUUCCUCUGCCGUUGUCGUGUCGCUUAAUUGA